AGUAUCAGGUUGAGGAGAUCAUUUCGUUUCUGCGGCACGAUGCACCUGGGCUGAAAGCACAAAGUCGCUACGCAGUCCGGUUAAAUCGUGUCAAAGAACCAGGGCAGAAUAUGCAUAAAAGGCUCGUUCCGUUUAUUGUUAUAUUCUCGACUUGCACUGGUACACUUUAUUUCGCAACCUAAACUUUAACGGCUUGCUCGAAUGAUGACCUCCGCAAAUACCAGGAGAUUACAUGUAGCUAUCUGCGGGGCAGGGAUCGGAGGACUCACCUUCGCUCUGGCUCUAUCGCGUUACACUGAUAUCGACAUUGAUAUUUAUGAAAGCGCGCGAGCACUCACAGAGGUCGGCGCAGGAAUUGGAAUAUUUCCUCGUCCUUGGAAAAUCAUUAAAAUGCUCGGAUUAGAAGCGGAUCUACUCAAAGUAACUGAGACGAAAGUCGUCGAUGGCCCGGUUUCUGCCUUUCGUUACCGCAAGAGCGAUCAAUACGAAGGCAUUGAAUUUUAUACUUUGAUUACUCAAGGAUCACUAAUGCUUUUCCAUCGAGCGGAUUAUCAACAAACUCUACUCAACCAUCUUCCCAAACGAUGCCGAACGCAUUGUCUUAAACGUCUGAGAUCUUACGCCCAACGUCAAUCUGGCCCUAUUGAGCUCUUGUUUGAGGAUAGCACAACGGCGUCUUGCGAUUUGCUUAUUGGUGCAGAUGGCGUGAAAUCUGCCGUUCGUGCGGGAGUCUUAGGCGAAAAGGCUCAGUGGGCUAGGAGCGAAGGAAGACGGGAGGAGGCUGCGGAGAUUCUCCAGCACGUCGAGCCAGUCUGGUCUGGAACUAACGCGUACCGAGCCUUGAUCCCCGUUCAAAAGCUACAGACGAUCGCGCCUAAUCAUCGGGUACUAAACACUCCUGGUGUCCAGUAUCUUGGGAAACACGGUUACAUCAUAGCAUAUCGCAUCUCUGGAGGGAAAUUAAUCAAUUUUGUUGCGUUCGUCGUCAAGCAUCACUUGGAAAACACCCAGUUCAAUGGUCCAUGGAUGUCAACUGUUGAUACUAGUGCCUUUUCCUCGAUAUUUGCUCACUGGGAACCAGAAGUACAAGCUCUCAUCGCUUGUGUUGAAAAACCGAUGCAAUGGGCAAUCCACACUGUCCGCCCAAUGCAAUCAUUUGUUUCUGGAAGGGUAGCACUACUAGGAGAUGCUGCUCAUUCAAUGACACCACAUCAGGGCUCCGGUGCAGGACAAGCUAUCGAGGAUGCGUACAUCCUCGCGACUGUUUUGGGUCACCCAUCCACUAACCGUACCAAUAUUGCUCGUGCGCUGCGUGUCUAUGACAGCAUUCGGUGCCCUUUUGCGUAUAGAGUGAUGGAGGUUAGUCGAAUAAACGGGCGCUACUUCACUCUUCAGCUUGAUGAAGCCGCCGGAGCAAUGGAUUUAGACAAAUUGCCACCGAAACAGCAAUGGGAUAAUUUACAACGGCUUGGGUCAAGAAUUGUAAAGAACUGGGAAUGGACUUGGACAACAUCGAUUGAUACAACGUUGCAAGAAGCCUUGCGCAUGUUAGAGAGUCUCGCGUGAUCUUACCUCAAAGCGGGGGUCCGAAGUCUGUCAGCUUCAAAUCAUUAAUUUAUACAUGGGUUCCCUGGCACAGAAAUGGAUAAGUGUACCAUAUAACUGUAAUUUGUGUACAUCAUUUGUAGUUCAACUUAGAGAGCAAAUACACACUAUGGA